CUUCUGGCCUUCGCGACCUGUCUUCGCUUUCUAUCCAAGCCCCGCAGCUCCCUCUUCCAUCCAUCGCACAAACCUAAUCUCUGCACAUAUGCAUACCUCUGCUCUUCGACCCUGGGCUCUGGCCCUCGUGGCCCUGGCUCCUCUCUCGAGCGCCGCUCCUGCUGGGCACGACCUGGCUGCUCUGAACACUGGCGGCCACUUGGCCGUCAACCUCGACGCCUCGGCGCCUUCGCUUCAGAUCCCUCCCCCGAUGCCUCAGGCCUGGCCUCCCGUCGAUCAGCUGCAUUUCAUUCCCGAUUCGUUCCUCACGGACCCGCUGGUUCAAAAUGCCCUGGCUUAUGUGCAGGCCGUCGUCCCAGCCAAUCUGCUCAAUCUCCCUGUGUCGACCUACAUCAGUGGUCCCACCGUCAACUACACUGCCGAUCCCGUCGCCAACUGCUACUGGCCCAAGACCCAGUGCGUCCGCACCACCGCCACUGCAAACUACCAGGCCGAUGUUAUUCAGUGCCCUCAGCAGAGCACCUGGGGCCUCGCCUUUGACGACGGACCAACCAACGACACCGUCAACCACUACGACUCCAUCUCCAUUCGCCAGCAGCUCGACAAGAUGAACAUCAAGGCCACCUUCUUCAUCGUCGGCACCAACCUCAUCAUUCGCCCGAACAUUGUCCUGGACGAGUACAACGACGGCCACCAGAUCGGCGUCCACACCUGGACCCACCACCCGCUCACCGCUUGCACCAAUGCCCAGAUCGUGGCCGAGAUCAAGUACACCGAGGCCCUGAUCUACCAGACCAUUGGCAAGGUGCCCAACUUCUUCCGUCCUCCCUAUGGCGACAUUGACGACCGUGUCCGUGCCAUCCUGAGCGCCCUUGGCUACACCAUCACCAUCUGGAACAAGGAUGACUUUGCCGCCGACCAGGCCACCACCUCGGCCACGAUUGAGAAGGGCCUGGUCAACAACGUCACCUCGCAGUGGCUCCUCCCCAAUCAGCCUGGAUUCGUCUCCCUCAGCCACGACAUUACCCCGUUCACCAGCGAGGUUGUCCUUGAUUACCUCAAGUACAUUGACACAAACCGCGCAAGCAUCCCCCUGACCAUCGAGCCCGUCGGAACCUGUGUCAACAUUCCAUGGUACCGCGCCAACUCGACUAUCGUCGCUUCGUCCACCACUUCCUCCGGAGCUUCCGCCACAGCCACCAAUGGCAAUGGCAGCGGCUCGCUGAACAAGUCUGGCGCUGCUUCGGUUAGCGCCAUGACGGCCAACACCAUUGCUGCUGUCUUUGGAACCGUUGCUCUCGGCCUCGUUGUCAUGCUUGCCCAGUAA